AUGGGAAAGCCAUUUUCAAAAUCUAUCUCGGGUUAUCAAGAAACAUUUCCGCUAACGGAUGAAGAAAAAGAAAUUUUACAUACAAGACAUCAUCUUACAAGAGAAAUUUUUAAAGGAAAUUUUAGCUCUCCAGUAGACGAUGUGCUUAAAACAGGAUGGGCUAAAGUCUUGGACGUUGGAUGCGAUGUAGGAACCUGGCUAUUCGAAUUAUCUGCCGACUAUCCAGGAUGUACUUACAUCGGCACAUAUACAUCUCCAUAUUCAAGUUUAGAAACCGUUAAUAAGCCUUUUGAUGUUGAAUUUAUAGAAGCAGAUCCUAUUAGCGAAUUACUUUCUGGAAAAAUAGCAGAUAAAGAGAUAAGAAAUAUUGGAUGGCGAGAUGAUCAUGAGACAUUCAAAGUUUUUUGUAAAGCUCUGAGCGAGUUGAGUCAAGGGAAUUCCUUGAAACUCUUAGCCAAAUCAAAUUUUGAAUUGUGA